AUGGCUCCCCACCCAUAUGUCCCAGAAGAUCUGGAACUCCCGGGGUACCAUCCCCAGGUGGUUGGUUAUGAACUACUGCUCGGCGUCUUCUUCUCUGGCUGCCUAAUUGUGGGUCUGGCGACCUGGUGGGCUGCAGGUGCCAUAUGGAAGCUUGGCACAGGGGACAAACUGGUCUGCUGCUGGCUCAUCAUUUCUGGCCUUACCCACAUGGUUGUCGAAGGGCCUGUUGUGGUGUUCGGUGACUUCUACAAGAGCUCGUCAGGGAAUGUGGUGAUGGAAAUAUGGAAGGAGUACUGCAAGGCCGACUCCCGGUAUUGCACCCGGGAUGCAUGCACCAUCGUAAUGGAGUUUCUAACCGCGUUCGGGGAGGGACCGGGAUGUGUGCUGGCCGCCUAUGGCAUAGUUAAGCGGAGCUCCUGGAGGCACAUGGCAGCCAUCCUGGUUGUCGUUUGCGAGCUGUACGGAGAUGUACUGUAUCUAGGCACGUCCUGGUUCGAUGAUUUCAAGUGGAACCGACCGGAACUGUUGUAUUUCUGGGGCUACUUCAUAGCAGUAAACUCCAUCUGGAUUGUCGUCCCCUUGCUGGUCAUCUUGCAUCAAGGCAGGGGCAUCAUGGCUGCAGUGGCACAGUUUGACAGAAGUCAAGCGAAAGAAGAUUGA